UACAGCAAUGGCCUCAGUGACUUCACUCCAGCCAACCAACUCCACAAUCUCCACUUCUGGCUUCAAAUCUCGUACCACCACUCCAAACCCUAACCCUCCUCAUCAUCUCUUCCUCAAAACCCAACCUCCUUUCUCCUUCUUCAAUCCCAACCCAUUCCGCACUCCCGCACUCAACAACCGCCGCUACACUCGCUCCUCUCCGCCGCAUCCCACCGUCCAUCGCUCCAAACCCGUAUACAAAACCCAGCCCAGUAACGACCCGAACCGAAAUGUGAGUGACCCGUCACUUAAAGACGUAGACUUGAUUGGUCUGUGCAAGGAGGGCAAGGUCGGAGAGGCCUUGGAGUAUAUGGGUCGAGGCGUUACUGCCGAUUACGGUGUCUUUAUUAUGUUAAUGGAGCUUUGCGACGACUCCAAGGUUGCGAGGAAAAUUGAACAGUAUUUGAAGAUGUCAUGUUUCGGUGGAGAUAUCGAGUUGAAUGUGAAGUUAAUAGAAAUGUAUGCGAGGUGUGGGAGCAUGAGAGAUGCACGCAAGGUGUUCGAUAAAAUGUCUGAGAGGGAUUUGAGGUUGUGGCAUUCGAUGAUCAAUGCGUAUGCGAAGAAUGGGGAAGGGAGUGAGGGGGUGUUGUUGUUUGAGAAAAUGAGGAGUGAGGGGCUGAAGCCGGACAAGGAGAGUGUCGUGGCGGUUUUGGGGGCGUGCGCGACCGCGGGAGCUGUGGAGGAGGGGCUGGCAUUGUUUGAAAUGAUGGAGGAUGAGUUUGGGAUUGCGCUGGAGAUUGAGCAUUAUGUAGGGGUUGUUGAUGUGCUUGGGAAGUCUGGUCAUUUGAAGGAAGCUGAGGAGUUUGUUGAGGGAAUGCCGUUUGAGCCCACCGCGGAGGUUUGGGAUGCUCUUAGGGAUCUAGCGAGGAUUCAUGGCGAUCUUGAGCUUGAAGAUCGCGCUGAGGAAUUGUUGGUUGGUAUUGAUCCUUCUAAGGCUAGUGCUGAUCAAAUGCCGCUGCCUCCGCGGAAGAAGUACUCGGAGAUUAACAUGCUGGAGGAGAGGAACAAAUUGAGUGAGUAUAGGUGUACUGACAUUUAUGGAGAGUCGUAUGAGCAAUCGAAAGGUUUGAGAGGACAGAUGAGGGAAGCAGGUUAUGUGCCGGAUACUAGAUAUGUGCUUCACGACAUUGAUGAGGAGGCAAAAGAGCAGGCUUUGCAGUAUCAUAGCGAGCGGUUGGCAAUUGCUUAUGGUCUGAUCAGUACUCCUGCUAGGCAAACUCUAAGGAUUAUAAAGAACCUUCGAAUCUGUGGUGACUGCCACAAUGCAAUUAAGAUCAUGUCAAAGAUUGUAGGGAGGGAGCUGAUCGUUAGAGAUAACAAGCGGUUUCAUCAUUUCAAGAAUGGGAAAUGCUCCUGUGGAGAUUACUGGUGAAGUUGCUGUUUUUAGAAGCCUCUCUCCGAACCAGCUUGUGGUGGCAAGUUAUGUAAUGCAACUUCAAUGAUGCACAAGCAAAAUCAAUUGGAAAUCUUUUUGCUAGAUCCACUGUACAGUAUUCCUGUACUGAAAUUCACUUGAAUCAAAUAGAGAACAUAUUGUUGGUUCCUGUACAUUAUCAUAUUGUUGGGAAUUAGAUUCCUAUGAAAUGAGCUAAAAUGAUGUUGGAAA